CUUGGACGUCUUUGGGUGCUCUGGGCAGCAAUCAAGUUAAGAGCUACGGAUACGAACCUGCAAAUGUAAACGGAUGGUGUCGCAGUUGGCUGUGGGCGACUCCUCCGCCGGCGUCGACACGGGCGCUGCCGCCGCCGCGCUGCUGCGCUCGCUGCAGGGUCUUCGGCUGCUGCUGCCCGACCUGGGGCCGCACUGGGAGGAGCAGCUGGGGGUGCAGCAGAAGCUGGUGGCCAUAGAGCACAUGCUGGAGGGCACAGCCGCCUCUCCGGCGCCCGCCUCCUCCCCUGCUGGUGAACCCUGCCCCAGUGACAGCCCUGCCAGCGCUGCCCCCCAGUGGGACGUGUGUCUGUACGGCGAUGCGCAGCGGGCGGCGGGCGAGCUGCGGAGCCUGGCGCCCUUCUACCGGCAGUACGGCACACGGACCACGGAGUCGUGCUACCAGCACUGCACCUGGGUGCUGGGCGAGGCACUCAUGGGGGCGGCACGCAACUACAGCGGCCCCGGCAGCACGCUGCUCCGCGCGUGCGACCUGGCCGUGGCGGCGGUGGCGGUGCGGGGGCUGCGGCGCGCGCACGAGACGCACCUGGGCGCACUGGCGCGGCUGCAGUGCAGGCUGGCGCUGGCGCUGCCGCAGGUGGGCGAGCGGCUGGUGCAGCUGCGCACCGCCCUGGCCGAGCAGCCGCUGGGCCCGGGGGCUGUAGCAGUGGACGUGGGCCGCCUGGCCGCAACCAACCUGGCGCUGCUACUGCCGCCCGCAGUCAUGAAGGCACCAGCAGCAGCAGCAGCAGCAGCAGCGCCAACGGACACAGCAGCCGCCUCUGCAUGGAGUGGUGAUGGCGGCGACGGCGACGGCGCUACCGCGUUGUAGCAGGAGGGAGGGGGGCCAGAGGUUGGCGUGCCCCGGCCACCGCAAGGGGCGCGGCGCACCUAUACACUUCAGAAAGGGGGGGCCCUGUCAAGCUGGUAAACACACGUUCCCGGCCGCCGCCGACUGCACACAGCCAUUAUUUUUUACACGAAGCUAUUGUACACAAGGUAGAAGGAGGAGGAAUGAGCAGUAAAGGUACCUCCCCUGGUGAGUACGGCAUAAGACACGUUAGGGCUGUAACGCCAUGCGGCGCUGCGGCUGUUGUCGGAAUGCACCUACUUGGAGUCAGGAGGUGGCUGCAGCCGGGGAAGCGGAGAUUGGGACAGGGUCUGGGCGGUGGCUGGACUGGCGGUGGAGCUGAACCCAAUCAGUU